UAUUUCUUUAUUGCUCCAAAGCGCUCCUCUGUAUCCGCGUUAAGAUAAUUCUCAAAAAUUAGGGCUUUUUUGUUUUUGUUUUGAUCCUCACCUUCUUCUUUCAAUUCGUUGAAUCUCCUCUGCAAUUCGAAGCUUUCCUUCCCAGAUUCUACCUCCUAUUUGCUCUCAAUUCCGAAUUUUUGAAUUAGUCCGAUAAACUCAUUUUCAAGGAGUUUCGAGGUUGAAGCUGAAGCAUUUUGUUGUCUGUGAUGGUAUUUGUGAUGAUCUCGUAGCGAGAAUGCCAGGCAUUCCUCUCGUCACUCGUGAAACCUCUUCUUGUUCAAGAAGCACAGAUACAGAUCAGAUGUGCCAUGAAGACCACCGUGUGCAUAUUUCUGAAGAGGAAGAGAUCGCUGCUGAAGAGAGCCUCGCUGCCUAUUGCAAGCCUGUAGAACUCUACAAUAUUCUUCAGCGGCGUUAUAAAGGGAAUCCCUUGUUUCUUCAGCGAUGUUUGCAUUAUCAGAUUGAAGCAAAACAUAAAAGGAGAAUACAAAUGACUGUGUUCCUUUCGGGCACUAUAGAUGCAGGGGUACAAACUCAAAAACUGUUCCCUCUGUAUAUUCUGUUGGCAAGACUCGUUUCCCUUAAGCCUGUCGCCGAGUAUUCUGCAGUAUAUAGGUUCAGCCGAGCAUGUAUUCUAACUGGUGUCCUGGGGGUUGAUGGAGUUAGUCAAGCCCAAGCCAACUUUCUUCUCCCUGAUAUGAACAGACUCGCGUUGGAGGCAAAAUCAGGAUCACUCGCUAUCUUAUUUAUCAGCUUUGCUGGUGCGCAAAAUUCUCAGUUUGGCAUUGAUUCAGGCAAGAUCCACUCAGGAAAUAUAGGAGGACAUUGUCUAUGGAGCAAAAUACCUUUGCAAUCGCUCUAUGCAUCGUGGAAGAAAUCUCCAAACAUGGAUUUGGGACAGAGGGUAGACUCAGUCUCUCUUGUUGACAUGCAGCCUUGCUUCAUAAAGCUAAAGUCUCUGAGUGAGGAAAAGUGUGUCUCGAUUCAGGUUCCCAGCAAUCCCCUCACCUCGAGCUCACCGCAGCAAGUGCAAGUCACCAUAUCUGCAGAAGAGGUUGGGGCAACGGAAAAAUCUCCUUAUAGUUCAUUUUCAUAUAAUGACAUCGCUUCGUCUUCACUGUUGCAAAUUGUUAGGUUGAGAACAGGGAAUGUAGUUUUCAAUUACAGAUACUAUAACAACAAAUUGCAGAGGACUGAAGUAACUGAAGACUUUACAUGUCCAUUGUGCUUAGUAAAAUGUGCCAGUUUCAAGGGCUUAAGAUAUCACUUGCCAGCAACCCAUGAUCUCUUCAACUUCGAGUUUUGGGUUUGUAACUUCAAAGUAAAUGAAGAAUAUCAGGCUGUAAAUGUCUCUCUCAAGACGGAGACAAUGAUCACCGAGAUUAAUGAGGACGGUGUUGACCCAAACAAGCAACCAUUCUUUUUCUCUUCAAAGAAAUAUAGACGUAGGAGGCAAAAGAGUCAGGUACGAAGCUCAAAGCAGGGGAAUCAUCUUGGAUUAGGUUGCGAGGUGCUAGAGAAGACUGAUGAUGCUCAUUCUGCUAGAAGUGAGAAGAGCCGAAUACAACCUGGAAAGCUUCACGAAAGAACUGGGGGUGCUGAGUCGUCUGGUCAAAGAGUUCCUCCUGGCACGAGUCCUGCAGAUGUGCAAUCAUGCGGUGAUCCAGAUUAUGUGCAGUCGACAGAUGGAAGUACGAUGUUGCAAUUUGCAAAAACGAGAAAGCUAUCUAUAGAACGGUCGGAUUUGAGGAACCGUAGCCUCCUUCAGAAGAGACAGUUCUUCCACUCUCAUCGAGCUCAGCCCAUGUCUCUAGAACAAGUACUCUCGGACCGAGAUAGUGAAGAUGAAGUUGAUGAUGAUGUGGCAGAUUUUGAAGAUAGAAGGAUGCUCGAUGAUUUCGUUGAUGUGACCAAGGAUGAGAAGCAGAUGAUGCACAUGUGGAACUCGUUUGUGAGGAAGCAGCGAAUAUUAGCAGAUGGUCACAUUCCAUGGGCAUGUGAGGCGUUCUCGAGAUUACAUGGACCCGUCAUGAUUCGAACACCGAACCUGAUUUGGUGCUGGAGAGUGUUUAUGGUGAAACUGUGGAACCAUGGCCUUCUUGACGCCCGAACCAUGAACAACUGUAAUACCUAUCUCGAACAGCUCAAAAGUUGAAGACCCAUAUAUCCAUUAUUUAAGUAGAAACAAAAAAAAAGUGUACACAUUGAGGAGUUUUGGGUCUCAGAUCUCAUUUUUAAGAACUCUUUGGUCCUUAAUCCUUUUUGGUUUUGGAUGUUAACAGUUUAAAUUAAUCCUGUUUCGUUUUGGAUGUUAUUAAUUUACAUUUUUUAUUCAGGAGUUAUUAAUUUGCUUAACAUAA